AUGAAUGUAGAAUUAGAUAAUUAUCCACAUCGUCGUUUCAACCCUUUAACCAAUUCAUGGAUUUUAUGUUCUCCACAUCGAGCAAAACGACCUUGGCAAGGUCAACAAGAAACAUUAGAAGAUAAGGUAAUACCGGAACAUGAUUCUCAAUGUUACCUUUGUCCAAGAAAUUCACGUGCAAACGGAAAUUUGAACCCAAAUUAUUCAAAUACUUUUGUCUUUGAUAACGACUAUGCUGCCUUAAUAAAUAAUCAACCCAAAUUACUUAUUGAUAAUGAUGAUGAAUCAAAUAAAUCAUUAUCAUCAUUGUUGAAAGUAGAAAUUGUUAGAGGCGAAUGUAAAGUGAUUUGCUUUUCACCCAAGCAUAAUAUUACAAUUGCUGAAAUGACCGAGGAAGAUAUUAUUCAUGUGAUUCAGGCUUGGACUAAAAUUUAUCAAAAUUCAUUUUCAAUUCCCUUUAUCAAUUAUGUACAAAUCUUUGAGAAUAAAGGAUCAAUCAUGGGAUGCUCAAAUCCUCAUCCACAUUGUCAAGUUUGGAGUUCCGAAUCAAUCCCUGAAGAAAUCAGUAAAGAAUUAAAAUCCAUGACCAAAUAUUAUGAAAAAAAUAAUUCAUGUUUAUUAUAUGAAUUGGAAAAAGUUGAAAAUGGGCAAAAGGACCUUUCAAAUAUUAUUCGAAAUAUUACAUGUCGUUAUGAUAAUAUUUUUCAAUGUUCAUUUCCUUAUUCAAUGGGAAUUCAUCAAGCCCCAGUUGAUAAUAUGAAUCAUUCUCAUGAUUCCCAUUUACAUUUACAUUUCUACCCACCACUGUUAAGAAGUGCAACCGUCAAAAAGUUUUUAGUAGGUUAUGAAUUGCUCGCCGAACCACAACGCGACAUUACGCCCGAAUACGCUGCAUCUAUAUUACAAAAAUGCUCUGAGAUCCAUUAUAAAAGUAAUAUACAUAUUGCACAAGGCUAA